AUGAAAUCCUCCUGUUUCUUCUCAAUUUUAGUCAUCGUCAUUGCAAUUUCAGUCUCAUUCAUCAUCCCCGAAACAAAUUAUGUAAAAACUCAAUACCUAAAUCCAACUGUCUCGCCGCUUCUUUCGCAUAUUUUGAGAAUUCUUGGGUUCAAUCGCACAAUUUUAAACCCUAGUAAAUCUACGUCAACAAGCCCUAAUCUGCUUUCUAAUCACUGUUUGCUAUGGAUGGCUCCAUUCUUUUCUGGUGGCGGCUAUUGUUCUGAAGCUUGGUCUUAUAUAUUAGCGCUCAAUCAGUAUAGCAAAACCAGUAACUUCAGAUUGAGUAUCGCUCCACACGGGGAUAGCGAUAAUUUUCAAUUUUGGGAGGGUUUGCCUGUAGAGAUGCAAAGGUUAGCUUCUGAGCUCUACCAAACUCAAUGUAGACCAGAGGAGUCGAUUGCAAUUUGUCACAGUGAGCCUGGUGCUUGGAGUCCGCCAUUGUUUCAAACAACACCUUGUCCACCACCAAACAGCAGGUUUACUAUUGGCCGAACAAUGUUUGAAACAGAUAGGGUGAACCCCGAGCAUGUAAAGCGAUGCAAUUCCAUGGAUAUGGUGUGGGUUCCUACUGAAUUUCACGUGUCUUCGUUUGUAAAUAGUGGCGUUGAUCCAUCAAAAGUCGUGAAAAUUGUACAGGCCAUAGAUACGGAAUUCUUUGAUCCAAUCAAAUACACCCCAUUGGAUCUUUCAGCUUUAGGGAAUUUGGUACUCGGUUCAAGUUCAGAACGAUUGAAUUCUAGAAAUCCAUUUGUGUUCUUGAGUGUGUUCAAAUGGGAGUACAGAAAAGGUUGGGAUGUUUUACUACAAUCUUACCUUAAAGAAUUCGAUUCUUCUGAUGGGGUUAACUUAUACCUGUUAACAAACCCUUACCAUUCUGAUAAAAAUUUCGGGAACAAGAUUCUAGAAUUCAUACACGAUUCCAAGUUGGAAAAACCCAUAAACGGUUGGGCUCCAGUUUAUGUGAUUGAUUCUCACAUAGCCCAAGUUGAGUUUCCAAGACUUUAUAAAGCAGCCAAUGCUUUUAUCUUGGCAUCUAGAGGUGAAGGGUGGGGAAGGCCAAUUGUUGAAGCCAUGGCUAUGUCUCUACCAGUGAUUGCCACAAACUGGUCAGGACCAACAGAGUAUUUGACCAAAGUCAACAGCUACCCACUCUCUAUUGAUAGAAUGAGUGAAGUUACUAAUGGGCCAUUUAAAGGCCAUUUAUGGGCAGAGCCUUCUGUUGAUAACCUACAGUUUUUAAUGAGGCAUGUAAUGAGCAAUCCAGAAGAAGCCAAGAGUAAAGGUGAGAAAGCCAGACAAGAUAUGAUCAACAAAUUCUCCCCUGAGAUUGUUGCAAAUAUAGUUUUUGAUCAAAUACAAGGAAUUCUUGAAAAACUAGCCUAA